GAUCAGCCCAUUCCUUUCCAUGUUCGGCAUCCAUAUCCAAGCGCUCUUGGAGGACUGGCCGCAUGAACGUGAGCGCGUGACGAAUCGAGCUGUUCUUGGAUGAUAACAAGGGGGCUAGCAGACUAGGCCGCAUUGAUCAACACAGUGGGGUAACAGCCGGAUGAGUCCCCCACGAGUGAUAAUAUCGAUAGUAUAGUCAAUAUUGAGCUGCACAAACUCCGGGUUUCGGCCUGCCGUAAUGGAUUAGCUCGCCGUCGGCCUUCACGCAGGAUCGCGCACAGAGAGGGAGUCCCACGAAGAUACGGUUGCUCGUGCGCGCCACUACCUGCCUCACUGUCGGCAUCACCGCAACCAGUUUCCAAUCUGCGUUUUCACCAGUCAGACGGAGCAGAUCAGGGCAGAAUGAGGCUGGCACCGACGUUCGCCAUCCAAUCCCAAUGUAGAGUCGAACGCGUGGAUCAUCUCCUCCCGAACCUGAGGAAACGAGCGACCGAUGUUGCGCGUCAAUCCAGCACGAACGGUGUUUACGUGGUACGGGUUCCGUGUGAACGCCUUGCCUAUCGUCCAGUCGGAUUGCAGGCCCUGCAGCCCAGUUCGUCAAUCGGAAGGUCCGCUGACGUAUGAAUGAUGGCAGCACUAUACGCACAUCCUCGGCUGCAGCAUUGAACGAUAAUACAUCUUCGGGCGCAGCUGCAAUCUCGAGCGCACGCUGCAGUCCGUUCGCGACGUAUUCCCAGCGC